AUGGCUUACCAACAACCCUAUGGCGGUGGCGCCCCACCUCCAAACCAAUACGGCGCUCCUCCCCCAGGACAGCAGCCUCCAUAUGGACAACAGCCCCAGUACGGACAACAGCCUCAGUAUGGCGCUCCGCCUCCAGGACAGCAGCCGCCGUAUGGCCAGCAACCUCAAUACGGCCAGCAGCCCCAAUACGGCGCCCCCCAAGGCCAACAGCCCCCUUACGGAGCUCCCCAGCAGCCUCCAUAUGGCCAACAACCCCAAUACGGCGCUCCCCAAGGGCAACAGCCUCCAUAUGGCCAGCAACCACAGUAUGGACAACAACCACCUUACGGACAGCAGCCCGCCUACGGUGCUCCCCCUCAACAACCCUACGACGCCCCUCCCCAAGGCCAACAUCCCCCCUACGGCCAGCAGCCCGCUUACGGAGCCCCCCCGCAACAACCUUAUGGCGCCCCCCAGCAACCCUACGGCGCCCCCGCCGCCCCCUACGGCCAACCCUCCUACGGCCCCCCCGACCUCCCCAGCAUCGGCUACGUCGUCCCCCCCCCCCCAAUCCAAUGGGACGGAUCUUCCGACGCCCGCGCCCUCCGCAAAGCCAUGAAAGGCUUCGGCACCGACGAAAAGACCCUAAUCCUCGUUCUCGUCUCCAAAGACGCCCUUCAAGUCGAUGUUCUCCGCGCUGCUUACAAAAAAGAGCAUGGUCGCGACUUGAUAGCCGAUAUUGCUAGCGAGUGUGGUGGGAAACUUGAGGAGGUGCUGCUUGCUAUAGUGAGAGGGCCGUUGUUGCAGGAUUGUCAUGUCCUACGCACAGGGAUGGCGGGGCCGGGGACGGAUGAGGAGGCGUUAAAUGAUGUGUUGCUGGGGAGGAGUAAUGCUGAUAUUGCUGCUAUCAAAGCGCAGUACACCAAAAUCUACAAGCGGAAUCUUGAAGCAGACCUCAAAUCGGAGCUGAGCAUGAAAACCGAGCGGCACUUCCUGAUGGUCGUAGCGGGCACAAGAGCGGAGAGUAGUGCGCCGGUGAUGCGGCAGCAGGUGGAGCAGGAUGUGUUGGAGAUUUACAAGGCGACGGAGGGGAAGACGGGGACGGAUGAGUUGUUGGUUUGUCAGAUUCUGAGUAGCAGGAACGAUGCGCAGAUUGGGGCGAUUGCGGGGUUGUAUGAGCAGAAGUAUCGGAGGAGUUUGGAGGCGGUUAUUAAGAGCGAAUUCUCAGGCCACAUGGAACGCGCCCUCCUCCACCAACUCCGCUCUGGCACCGACCGCGCCCUCCGCGACGCCCUCCUCCUCGAAGACUCCAUGGCCGGGAUGGGCACCAAGGACCGACUGCUCCUCAACCGCGCGGUGCGCGCGCACUGGGAUAAGGGGCAUUUGCAGAGGGUUAAGGCGGCGUAUCGGGGGAGGUUUCAUAGGGAUCUCGGACAGGCGAUUCGGAGUGAGACGAGUGGGGAUUUUGAGAGGGCGCUUUUGGGGGUUAUUGGGGAGUAAGUGGGUG